GCCAAGUAAAGCUGUCAACGUCUUCAAUUUCAUGAAUGGACGAGAUUCUUCUGUUACAGCAUUUUCAUUCUAGUUUUGCUAUUUCUACGUUGCCUAAACAGUGGUUACUCAAAUAAACGUUGGAUUUAAGAGCAGACAUAAAAUCAAAAUGUAUAAGUUAAGUAUUAAUUUAUUACUGUUCGCAGCAGUGCUACAAAUAACCCUUGCAUUGAAGGAAGGUGAAUGCGAGGUUUGUGUUAAAACAGUCGAGAAAUUUGCAGCCACGUUAUCUGAAAAUGUGAAAAAUGAUCCAAAAAAAAUCGAGGCCGAGUUCAAGAAGUUCUGUAAAGGCUCAAAGAACAAAGAAAACAGGUUUUGUUACUACUUAGGAGGUUUGGAAGAAUCGGCUACCGGCAUUUUAGGAGAGUUGUCUAAACCACUCAGUUGGUCUAUGCCUGCAGACAAGAUCUGUGAAAAAUUGCGAAAAAAAGAUGCACAAAUUUGUGAUUUGCGGUUUGAUAAGCAAAUUGACCUUAAUAAUGUGGAUUUAAAGAAGCUGAAGGUCCGUGACUUGAAGAAGAUUCUCAAUGAUUGGGAUGAAGUUUGCGAUGGCUGUAUAGAAAAGACAGAUUUUAUUAAAAGAAUAGAAGAGUUAAAGCCUAAAUACAUGGGCAGAUCUGAUUUGUAAUGUAGUAGUUCAAUAGCUAAAAUUGUUCUCAAGACAAAAUGUGAUAGCUCUAAUAUCCCUGAAGCCUUUGUCAGAUGAUCCUGGUGAUCAACAACAUUUGCAUUUGAAGUGAUUUGCAUGUUCUUGUGAAUGAUGUGUGUAUGCAAUAGACU